AAGCGUAAAAUCAAUUAAACGCUUGUGAUCCUUUUAUUAGACACUAAGACCGUUAAAGAAAUCUGUAUUGUUAAACUGUACUGGUACAUGCUUUAUGGGAGUCAAUGGUUUUAAUUUGAUUUUUAAAAAAAGUUGUAUAUAUUUAAAACAUGUUUCUAUACCGACGUCUUAAGUUAUCGGAAUAAACAGAAAUGGCUCUGACAUUUACCCAAAAGAUGAACGUCAUCCAGAAACACGUGACUCGUCCGCCAUUGAUGGAUUCAAGACAUGCAUCAGAUCUUGACUACGACAUGUUAGUAACCCACGUGGAGAAUACCAUUAGCAAAGACAAACAGAGUCAGUACACCGCCAUGACACCUCAGGAAUUGUUGCUUCGAAGCAAUCCAGGCUUGUUUUCAAUGGAAUCCCUCCCUACUUCCGGUGAUCUGACUAAUCCACGUGAGAUGUACAACAUUCUUUCAAAUAAAACAAAAUCCAUUGAAGAUCUUGAAGCGAAAUUCAAGAAGGAGUUAGUGAAAUCUGUGCAGUCAACUGGCUCGUUUCCAAAGUUAUCACGUACACUUAGUAUGAAUGAUAUUGAUAAUAGACCUGGAAGAGGAUUCGGUCAUCGGCAGUUGAAUAUGUUAGUUCUAAACAGGAAUAACACUAGUUUGGCUGUAGGUCUGCGUAAAGUAAAGGAAUCUGAUGACGAAUACGAAAGCGCUGUUAACUUACCAAAUAUUGAGAGAAUGGCAAAUACCAAAGGUGCAAAUCAAAAAUCAAAAGAGCAGUAUAAAGGCGACAAAAAUGGGCUACCAAAUCUUGCUCAAACAAACGGUACCGUUCAAAAGAACUCAGAUACACAACAGAAUAAAGUUGUUGAUCCUAAAACUGACGUAGCACCCACAGAAAAAGCACAUGUAUCUUUUUCUGACUCUAAGUUAGAAAAGUGGUUUUCUGAAAUGCCAAGUGAGGUUUUUGAUAAAGCGCAACGAGCUUUAAUGGAAGAAAGUGUGCAGGAAAGGUUACACGAAUUCAAAAGAAAACGAAGUAGAAAAACAAACUUUCCAAAUCAAAGUUUUAAUCUUUGUAUCGGAUCCAAAAAUAGGAAAGUGCCUAACACAUACUUAGAAUUGCGUGUUGAUUCUUUCGGAAAGCAUUUGAUGGAAACGGAUGAUAAAAAGAAUAGAUAUAGAUUGCAUCAAAAGUCAAUGCAUAAUUUAAAAAUGAGAGAAAGUUCAGAACUAGAUCUCCAUGAACGUAUGCAUCGGGAAGAAACAUUUCCACGAGUGUCGCAAAAUAGACCAUCAAAAACAUGUUCUAAGAAACAAAAGAACAAAUCAGAGACGGAGGUGUUAUCAUCUAAAACUAAAAAGGACGCAGCUAAAGUGUCGACAGAUGGGGGAAUUAAAACCCUCUAUAUCAAUGAAAGAUUUGAUAAAGAAAUUGGGCAGGUUGUUGGCCAGAAACAUGCAAUAAACAAUUAUGAGGAUUACACAGAAAAGCUUAUGGCACUAAAAGAGAUGCAAUAUCAUGAUUUAUUGAAGACACUUGCACACUCUCCGCCAAACUCUCAAUAUGACCCUGACGAAGUGCGCUUUGGUGAUAUUGAUUUUGAACGUGAAAAUACUAAAGCCACAAUAGUAAAUCUCGAACUACGGAAAGAAACACCGAAUUCAAGAACCCCGUACCAUUUAGAAAAAUCUCUUACUGAAGCCAGUAAGACAAACGCUUUGUUUCAAAAAGACACUGGAAUCACAGAAGAAGCUAUUAAGCAAAUGGAAGAGAACAUGGAAACGUCUAUUCAACAAGAACUUACCCAUGGGAAAAUAAUAACAAAAAUUCCAACGGCACCAUCUAUUCGUACAUCUGAAUCUAGGUCGUCGACAUCGUCAUUUAAAACAAAUAAAGAAGCAAUGAAGAAAUUUAACACGCUCGAGGUUUUUGCAGAAGGCGGGAAUAAGACUCAAGCAGGAAAUGCCACAGAGGGCGCGUCUCGUCAUUUAAGACACGCAUUUCCGAAAACAGACACGAAAAAUCAGCAAGUACAGCAUGAGACGGAAAAUGAGAAUAUGAUUAAAGAAGUGAAGAAGCCCGAGAACGAUUUUGUUUUCCGUUUUGAGCCAGGUGAAGUAUUCAUCACCAGAAAGAAUCCUAACAAAACCUUAACACAUACAGUGUCUAGUGAUAGAGCGAGAGUGAUAUAUGGAAAGGUUGUCAAUAGUGCUAUGGGAAAGAAAGGUGGCAAUAAAUAUGUAAAUAAGAAAGAUUUCAAGGACAAUAACUCCAUAAAAACUAAAACCACGACUAAACUUGAUUUUUAUCGUGCAGAGGUCGGCAAAUAUGAGAGCAGAGCCCUCGAUGAUUGCCUUACAGACAUUACACCUAGACAAGACAAAGAACCCGACCCAUUGCUGGUCAUAACCUCGAAAAAGCUUCGGGAUAAAAACCAACAGGAACACGGUUCUACGCACGGAAAUGAUAUGAAUUUGAAUAAAUCAAACGGAAUCGCAAACAAACGUGACGUUGCAACUGAAACCGAUAUCAUUGGAUCCGCGAAGGAGGAUGAAGCUCAUUUUUACAGACCGCCCCCUAGCGAUAGAAGUUUGUCUGGACUAAGUGAUUUCAUAAUUGACAAUAACGACGGGGAAAGUCUAAAUGACAGCGAAUCGGACGACAACGAUGAUUCCUCAGACAUUCGAGACAAGGCUAACCAAAGUGUUUGAUUUUUAAAUUACCUUUGCUUCAUUGUGGUCUUCAGUAAACGAUUGUUUUCUUUUAAGUAUACUACGGCAUAUGCUUUCAUGCUUAAUUAUUGCAACACACAACAACAUAUGCUUUGCACUAUCGCAAACAUUUUUUUCAAUAUGUACUGAAUAUAUCUGUCUGAAAAUCUUUCCCAGACGACCACCAUGUUCAUGUUUUAGAAUUAAUACCAGGGUUUUGUAAUUCUUAUGUUAUCUAAUCUUUAAAAAAAACAUGCCAUGCUGAAUACGUGUACCGGAACUCAAAAAAGAAAGGAAUGUUGAUGAAGUUCAAAAACAAAUAAUAGUUUUUAAUAGAAUCUCGCAUCAGUUGUCUAAAACAUUUUUUUUUUUAAACUUUAAAAAAGUAAAACAUAUAAAGUACAGAAAGGGAGCGGGAGGGUGGAUAAGGUUAAGAUCUAGUUUGUUAUUUAUAACUUCAGAAAUAAACUAUUUUAUUUGUAGCGCACAUUCUUUAUACACACAUAUAGAUUAAAUAUUUAACUUCAUGUGACCUCAAAAACAUUAAUCUCCUAAUCAUGGAUCAACAUUUUGAGGAUUGUAAAAUCCUUUUCAAAUGAAUGAACUUUGACCUUUUGGUACAUGUAGUAGUGCUUAUCUUUAUCAAAGAUUAAGGUUUAAGAUUAGUGAAAGAAAAUGCGACAUAUUAAUAAUGUUUUUUUAUUCAAGUUAAAUUUAUAUACUUUUCAUAAGUUAAGGGGAAAUAACCAUUAAUUAGACGAAAUCGAUAUGGCAUACAAGUUGUUUCCCUUGGCCAGUAAUACUUUACUUCACUGUUGAAACGGGUUCUUUUAAUAACUUGACAUUCAUUUUUAAAAGAAAAUACGCACGACAAUAUAUUUGUUUUCCUUUUUUCUCAGGUGAUUAUAAAUGCUUCCUUUUUCAACUUUUCGUACAUUUAAAUUCAUUGAAAAAAAGACAAAUUAAUUCCAUAGAAUUAUGCAUGUUUUUACUUUCCGUUCGUCACGCUUUAUAAAUAUAAAAUCAAAACACUUAAAUCACGUAUCAUGAUUUUUAUUUAUGUCACAGAGUAUUUAUUAUUUUUUGAUAUGAUUGAAUAUUAUAAUAUGAGCCAGAUAGUGUUGUUUAAGUAAUUUAUGUAUCAUUUAUUAUCAUACUAUAUUAUAUUAUCAUAGCGCACUGAAUUUGAAAUAGAUUUGCCAUGUUGUGAAUGAGGGACAGUAUCUUCAAAGUUUAAAAGGAUUCAUUACCAAAAGCUAUAUGAACGUCAUGGGUUCACACCCCUCAGGGGCAAGUCUUUGUUUCCUUGAGCAAGAAACUUUACACUCAUUGCUCAGUAAUGGUUGGUUCCAGGAACGUAUUCGAAAGUGGGUCUAUAAGCUUAUAGCUUCCUACACAAUCGUACUAAAAUAAAUUCUGUAAAAACCAAAAAUUGUAGAGCUACCAACACUAUAGAGUUUGGUCAGAAUUCACGGUAACUAGUAAAUCACUUCCGGUCCCAGCCGGUAAUGGGUUUAUAUGUUUUGUUAAUCGACUGCUUAAUUGAAAAUAAAAAAUCUGGAAUACGUUUUAGAAAUUCCAAUUUUAUAACUGAUACCUUUGUGUAACCGUGUUUCUUUGCUUGUUUCGCACAUAAAACAAAUUAAAAAUAUAAACUAUACGAAAAUGUACAUGUAUCGUAAAUCUACUGAAUUAGAAAUGUUGUUUCUUGUAACGGAUGAGUGCUACAUCUUAUAAACAAAUAUAUACUUGUAUUGAAAUUUAAUAACACACUCGGCUUUUAAUUAUAUGAUUGUUUCACUAUUUAAUGGUUGUAUUUAUUUAUUUAUGACAGAAUGUCUUUCUUCUGACUUACGCAUCAAAUGCUCGCUUUUUUCUUUAAUAAAUCGUUAUAUUAUUCUGUGUGUUUGAUGUUUUGUUGCUUACACA